AUGCUUCAGACAACGGUUAACGAACAACAUAACUUUUCCAUUACCCAGGAAGAUGGCCAGUGGCUCCUGAAUGAUGCUCCUGCCAACCUGGAUACCUAUACCGCCGACAAUGGUAUAUUGAGUGUAUUGUACAAUGGUAAAAGCUAUACGGCAAUCGUUGAAAAAACAGACAAGGCUGCCAAGGAAGUGACGAUCCGUGUAAACGGUCAGCGCUAUAAAGUGGGCAUUAAGGAGCCGAUCGACCAGCUGCUGGCCAGCAUGGGCCUCGACCUGAAAGCCAUGCAAAAGAUAGAACCGGUGAAAGCGCCGAUGCCCGGCAUGAUCCUGAAAGUGCUGGUAACACCCGGCCAGCAGAUCAGCAAGGGCGAUGGCCUGCUGGUACUGGAAGCCAUGAAAAUGGAGAAUGUGCUGAAAGCAACCGGCAAUGCGACGGUUAAAGAUAUCAGGGUGCAGGAGCGCACGGCUGUAGAGAAAGGCGCCAUUUUGAUAGAUCUUGAAUAA